CAGCAAUCUCGCGAAGAGCGCGAACACGAAAAAACGAUUUUAUUGAAAAUUUCCAGCUCGAAAAUGAGCCACCGAUUCCGAAAGAAAGCCUCGUUGAUCGUUUCCUAUCGGCCUGCCUGGUGUUUUGUGAAAGUGCCAGUGAAAAUUCGACGGAAAACGUAGAUGUGGAAAAUAUUGUUUUGGGGAAUCAUCAUUUCUUUGGAAUGCCAGAUAACUCUACACUAAACACAACAUUCUACAACAUCGAAGAUCAGGAAUCCAUCGAAGGCCACGAAUCUCCUCUUGUGGACAACGACUCCUUGCAAAACCUUAGCUUCUUCAACAGUUUAAAGACCGUCCAGGAGGUGAUAGCGAAGUUAUCGAAUGCCGAGUGUGUCAGAGAUGUGGCGUAUGUCCUUCAAGCUUCUAACAAAGGGGAAAGGUGGGCUUACGAGAUGCUAGAUUCAUUUCCAAAAUUCCCUGAAGGCAUUCUAUAUGGCAAUUUUUACCAGCUUGGAAAUUUCGAUGAAUGUGUUCGAAUCAAAAGAAGCGUCAAAACUGAUCGCAAAAAUACCAGCGUAGCAGAUACUGUCCUGAGAGGACAGUACUGUCUCGUGGAUAUUCAUUUUAGGAGCAAAUCAGAACAGACUAAUCCGCAUAUACAAAAAAAUGAAAAUAUGGCGUUAAAUAUAAACAGAGCUCAGUUUAACAACAGCAUAGUUCAUUGGGCCGUGUGCUUGCCAUCAAGUUGUUCGAGUAAGGACACCGAGGUUUUUACGCAGGAAGUAUUUGCAUCGUCGCUGCCUAAUUUCGAUGUAGUUUCUGUAUACGCAGACCCAAAAAAAUGCGAAUAUCAGAAACCGUUGCCAAUUAAAACAGAGGAAAUUAUUUAUGGCGUGAUUGUCGGACUCUUCCUCAUGCUCACCGUUCUUGCCACUAUCCUACAUUGCUGGUUCCUUAAGCAAAUCAGGAAAACCACGGUCUACAACGUCGAUGCCCUUCGACAACAACGAUCGAACAAAAUUAAGGAGGCCUUCGUCUGUUUUUCUCUAAUAAACACCACACAGAGGUUUUUCCACACAAAACCCAGCGACUUGAACCUCGAAUCGAUCUGUGGUAUUAAGUUCCUGUCUAUGGUGAUCAUCAUCGGAGGGCAUUCUUUGAUAUUUUUCUUCGGAGGACCGAUCGCCAAUACCAACUUCUUUCUAGAGGAAGGAAUACGACCUGAGAAUUCCAUGUUUCUGAACGGCCCCAUCAUUGUAGAUACAUUUUUAUUAAUAAGUGGAUUCUUAAUGUGUCGGUUACUGUUGAUAGAAAUGGACAAAAGAAAGGGAAGAGUCAAUUUUUUCGCGUUGUACAUAGCUAGAUAUAUAAGGUUAACACCUGCGUAUGCGGUAGUGGUAGGUUUCUACACGACGUUUCUGUACCGAACUGGGUCUGGACCUUUUUGGGACUCAAAAAUAGGCAUAGAAAGGGACAGAUGCCAACAAUCCUGGUGGCUCAAUUUGUUGUACGUAAAUAACUACAUAGGAACUGAUAAUUUGUGCAUGUUCCAAUCAUGGUACUUGGCAGUGGACUACCAUCUUUUCAUCGUAGCUCCCUUUGUGAUCUAUAUAUUGUGGAAAAAGCCAAAAUUUGGCUUAGCAGUACUGGUUUUGUGUACAGUGGUCUCCGUACUUGUUCCCUUCACUAUUACGUACGUAGAUAGCCUGGAUCCCACUGUGAUGGCAUACCCACCAGAAAUAGAAGACCUAGCACGAAAUUUCUACUUUGUUAAUUACUACAUAAAAACACAUAUGAGGUGCAGUUCCUAUUGUAUAGGAUUAUUUUAUGCGUAUUUGGUGUAUAAAAUCCAACGAGAUUCAAAAAAGAUCCCAGGAUACGUCAUCGUUUGCGGGUGGAUCCUGGCCAUAGUGGCCGGCGUAGGAUCGAUGGUAUCGGUUGUAAUUUUUUACCAACCAGAUCAUUCGCCGAACAUUCUAGAAAAUGCCGUGUAUUCUGCCUUACACAGAAUAUGUUGGGCGCUUGCCAUUGGAUGGAUUAUGUUUGUUUGCAUCACAGGCAAUGCAACAUAUAUCAAUAAAUUCCUGUCCCACAAAUUCUUUAUACCAGCUAGUCGUCUCACAUAUUGUGCAUACUUAGCCAACGGAUUGGUGGAGAUAUACAGCUCAGGGGUAAAUCGACAACCGAUGUAUAUGAGCGUAUUUGAAUUGGCAUCAAAAGUGUUGGGCCACAUAGUGCUAACAUUUACAAUGGCAUUUGUCCUGUGCAUUAUUUUCGAAUCGCCAAUCCACGGCAUGGAGAAGAUUUUACUGAAGAAAAUCAAAGUGAAGAGUCCGAAACCAAAGCAUCCCGAAAGAUUUCCAAACGGAGAUAUUUAAUAGCCCAAAUUAGUUGUAGUUAUUUAUUUUUUAAUAAAAAAACUUUUAGGUA